UGAGGUUGAUAUGCCUGGGUGGCUCCCUGGGCCGGAGGGGAGGGAAGGCAGCACGCAGGAGCUGCCGUCUGCUUUCUCCGCCGCCUCCUUUUUCCGUGCGCCCAGGCUGGUGCUAGGAGGAGCUCGAACAGAGCUGAGAGACUACCAACCUUUUGGCAGCAAAUGGCUUUUCCACAGGAGACAACGCACAGGACUCAGGAGUUCACCCUUCUGCCUGUUACUCUGGCUUUGCAGCCCCCUCUCGGCCUGGCUGGAGCUACGCAGAGCUGGUGGCAGCGUGUCCGUAGCCAGAUCCUUCUCAUGGGCGCUCCGUAGCUCAGCAGCCGAGGGAAAGGAAGGCGUCUGAAGCAGAGCUUCCUUUGCUAGGCAGCAGCCGGAAGAGUUUGGGAAACCAUUUUAGGGAGACUUUCUGAAGAUUCUUUUAUAUGUGACAGGCCCUAACUGGAACAGAUCGGACAAAGCUGUUUCCUUCUCCCUCAGAACCCCCUGUGGAUUAUUGAAGAAACUUCACAUGGGGGAGUUGGUUAGAUUUCUGCCUACUGCGCUGGAGGUUUUUAGUGCUCCGUUUGCGUGAUUCUUCGCAUGAAAGUAGCCCCCCUCUGGUAUCGUUCCAGGUCUGUCUGUCUCCUCAAGCCUCAUGUUACCAGGAGGGGCCUCUGUUAUGAGUUGUUUUUGUUUCUAUGGGGAAACGUAAUGAGCUGUUUCACUCCUCAUGACGGGGAAAUCUGCCUUGAGCUUUCUGUAUUCGUGGAAGGAGGGAGUCCUGUUUACAUCAUGUUUGCCAGGAAGUAAAACCAGCAAGAAAAAAGGGCGGGAUGGAGCCCCCGUUAUGUAUCAACUUUGUGUCCUGUGCUGAGAACCAGUUUGAACUGAUACAUGCUAGCCUGUUUGGAGGUGUUUUAAUGCCUUUUGCAGGUCUAACAAAGGAAGCAUAAUCUAGACUGCUCCUAAUGAUUUAUGGACUUGCUUUUAUCCACUGCCCACCCCUAAGAAACAAUGGUGUUCCGUACGUGAACUCUGCAUGGGGCCCUACACUGGGGCUCAUGACCAAGACUAGGUUUAUGAGAAGGGGUUGUGUGGACAUGGGGACAACCAACAGCAGCAGCAAGAGGCCCUGGUCUUAAGACAAGGACAUCUCCACCAAGCCUGAACUUGGACAGACCGUGACUCAAAAGAUUCUUAGGACUGAAAUGAGCCGUCAGACUGCUACAGCACUACCUACAGGUACUUCAAAGUGUACACCAUCACAGAGGGUGCCUGCUCUGACUGGCACUACAGCUUCCAACAAUGACUUGGCAAGUCUUUUUGAGUGUCCUGUGUGUUUUGACUAUGUGCUGCCACCUAUUCUUCAGUGUCAGAGUGGCCAUCUUGUUUGUAGCAACUGUCGCCCCAAGCUUACAUGCUGUCCAACUUGCCGAGGCCCACUGGGUUCCAUUCGUAACUUGGCUAUGGAAAAAGUUGCCAAUUCUGUACUGUUCCCAUGUAAAUACGCCUCUUCUGGAUGUGAGAUAACUUUGCCACACACAGAAAAAGCAGACCAUGAAGAGCUGUGUGAGUUUAGGCCUUAUUCAUGUCCAUGUCCUGGUGCUUCAUGUAAAUGGCAAGGUUCGCUGGAUGCUGUUAUGCCACAUUUGAUGCAUCAGCAUAAGUCAAUAACAACACUACAGGGAGAAGAUAUAGUUUUCCUUGCUACAGACAUUAAUCUUCCUGGUGCUGUUGACUGGGUUAUGAUGCAAUCUUGUUUUGGCUUUCAUUUCAUGUUAGUCUUGGAGAAACAGGAAAAAUAUGAUGGUCACCAGCAGUUCUUUGCUAUUGUACAGCUGAUAGGAACACGCAAGCAAGCAGAAAAUUUUGCUUAUCGACUUGAGCUUAAUGGUCAUAGGCGGCGAUUGACUUGGGAAGCAACUCCUCGAUCUAUUCAUGAGGGAAUUGCAACAGCCAUUAUGAAUAGUGACUGUCUAGUCUUUGACACCAGCAUUGCACAGCUCUUUGCAGAAAAUGGCAAUUUAGGCAUCAAUGUAACUAUUUCAAUGUGUUGAAAUGGCAAGCAAACAUUUUCAGGCCAGUGUUUAAAACAGUUGCAUUUAAUUUCGCAGAAACUAGGGUAACCAUCUUUGACUGCCAGACACAAACUAUUUGGUAGAGGGAGGCUAGAUGUAUAUGAAGGUAAAUAAAAGGAAAGGCUGUUAAAUUACAGGAAGCAGUUGCAUGUAGUAACACUAAUAUAUUUAAAAUAAGUCAACAGUAAACCACUGAAAAUAUAUAUACACCCAAAAUGGGCAUCUUUUGUAUUAAGAAUUGAUUCUACAGGAAACGUUGUAAAAUAGUUCUAAAAACUUGUUUGUAGAUUGAUUGUACUGUUGAAAAGGAUACUGUUGUGUUUUUUGUUUGUUUGUUUUUUUUCCCUUUGACUGACAAGCCAUGUUGAGCAGUCCGGUCUCUUGCCACUGCUUUUCCCCCUUAAGUCACUACAUAGUAUUGCUGCUGUUUGUGUAUAUUUUUGUGUAUUUGCUAAUUUUUAUUAACUUCUAGUUUUUCAUUAAAUAAAUGACUUUCUUUUCUGUAAUUCAGGUUUUCCUCCGUUUUGUACGUUUUAAAAAUUAAUUGCAGGUGUCAUCUUUUGAUAUGCAUAAUUGCUUAUGGUAAAACUUAUACUUCUGUACAUUUGGUAAAUUAGUCUCUUCCCAGUAGUCCAUUCAUUGGUAAUACUGUUCUUAAUUCAGCUAUUUUGUGAAUGUAUUGAAUUCUAAAGGAGCAAUUACAUUUGAAGAAUUAUCAGAAAAACAGCUCCUUUAAAAACAGGCCUAGAUGAUGAUGUACUUCGUUAUACCUUCAAACAAAAGUGAGGAGUUAUUGGGUAACAUCCUAAUUAAAUACACUGAAAAUUCAGGCACACUUUUUAAAUUUACGAACUUCAGACACAAACUCAUGCGUGUAUUUUGGUUUUGCAGUACAAGAAGGCAUUGUCUUAUGCAGUAAUUGUAACUAUAAAAACAGACCAUUUAAAAAAAAAAAGGCAGUCUCAGAAUAUGAUGUUUUUGGUCUUUUAUAAUUUUGUCAUUAAAAGAAUACCUGGCAAACUAAAUAAAAACUCUUGUUUUUUGCUUUA